CCCGUCCCGUCCCGUCCCGUCCCGUCCCGUCCCGUCCCGUCCCGUCCCGUCCCGUCCCGUCCCGUCCCGUCCCGCUUCCCCGCGGAGCGCGCGCAGGUACCGCGCCUCGUCCCGGUGGCUGCUCCCCCUGCGCCGUGCCCGGUUCCUCCCCCCCCCCGCUCCCCUUCCCGCCCCAGGGGACGCCGGGAGCGCCGCCGUGUGAGUGGCGGCACCGGAAGUGCCGUUUGGAGCGUCGGUGAGGGCGGAAAUGACGCUGCGGCUGGCGCGGAGGCGGUGGAGCCGGGCCGGAGCCAUGUCAGCGGGUGGCGGAGGCCAGCGCGACGCCGGGGCCGCGGGCGGGCGCCGCAGUAAGUGGGACCAGCCCGGGCCGGCCCCCGCCUUCCUUCUCCCCGGCACGGCCCCGCUGCCCGGGCGCCCCUUUCCCGGCGGUGGCAGCGAUGGCGGCUCCGCUGUCGCGGGCUCCGAGAGCUCCGCAGCCCCCUCGGGGGCGCUGGAUGCCGCUGCGGCCGUGGCAGCCAAAAUCAACGCGAUGUUGAUGGCCAAAGGGAAGCUGAAGCCAGCGCCGAACACGACAGACAAGCUGCAGGCUCUGGGAAAAGGUCCAGCUACAAGUAAAAGCAAAGAUGACCUUGUGGUGGCAGAGGUGGAAAUCAACGACGUCCCCCUCACCUGCAGAAACCUUCUGACAAGAGGACAGACUCAGGAUGAGAUAAGCCGGCUGAGCGGAGCAGCCGUUUCGACUCGAGGGAGAUUCAUGACUGCAGAAGAGAAAGCAAAAGUGGGACCUGGAGACCGUCCUUUGUACCUUCACGUCCAGGGUCAGACACGGGAGCUGGUUGACAGAGCUGUGAACCGAAUUAAGGAGAUAAUUACCAAUGGAGUAGUGAAAGCAGCCACAGGUUCUAGUCCAACCUUCAACGGUGCUACAGUUACUGUCUAUCACCAGCCAGCUCCUAUCACUCAGUUGUCUCCAGCAGUUGGCCAAAAGCCUCCAUUCCAGUCAGGGAUGCAUUAUGUUCAGGACAAGUUAUUUGUUGGUCUGGAACAUGCUGUACCUACAUUCAACGUGAAGGAGAAGGUGGAAGGGCCUGGUUGCUCCUAUUUGCAGCACAUUCAGAUUGAAACGGGUGCCAAAGUCUUCCUCCGUGGGAAAGGCUCAGGUUGCAUAGAGCCAGCAUCAGGCAGAGAAGCUUUUGAGCCUAUGUACAUCUACAUCAGUCACCCAAAGCCAGAAGGUUUGGCAGCUGCUAAGAAGCUGUGUGAGAAUCUAUUGCAAACUGUUCAUGCUGAGUACUCUCGAUUUGUCAAUCAGAUAACCACUGCAGUACCCUUAGCAGGCUUCACGCAGCCUGCAGCUAUGAGCAGUGUACCUUCCCAGCCCUCCUAUUACCCUUCCAAUGGGUACCAGUCUGGUUAUCCUGUUGUUCCUCCUCCUCAACAACCAGUGCAACCCCCAUAUGGUGUUCCAGGCAUAGUCCCACCUGCAGUGCCCUUGGCACCUGGAGUCCUGCCCACGCUGCCCACGGGAGUGCCGCCCGUGCCCACGCAGUACCCCAUAGCUCAGGUGCAGCCUCCAGCCAGCACUGCCCAGAGUCCCCUGAGUGCUCCUUUCCUUCCUGCUGCCCCAGUCAAAACCACCAUGCCGACUGGUACACAGCCACAAGUCCAACCCCAUCCCCAAGGGCAAAAGAGACGCUUCACUGAGGAACUACCAGAUGAGAGAGAGUCAGGACUGCUUGGAUAUCAGCAUGGACCCAUUCAUAUGACUAAUUUAGGUACAGGCUUCUCCAGUCAGAGUGAAAUCGAUGGAGCCGGGUCGAAGCCAGCAAGUUCCUCAGGAAAGGAGAGAGAGAGGGACAGGCAGUUGAUGCCUCCACCAGCUUUUCCUGUCAGUGGGAUGAAAUCAGACUCUGAAGAGAGAAACGGUGCGGGGUCUUUACCAGGAAGCCAUGAUCAUCAAGCUAAGAAGAUGAAAACUGCAGAAAAGGGCUUUGGAUUAGUGGCAUAUGCUGGAGAUUCAUCAGAUGAAGAGGAGGAACAUGGUGGCCAUAAAAACGCAAGUACUUUUUCACAGGGAUGGAGUUUGGGAUACCAGUACCCUUCCUCACAACAGCGAGCUAAACAACAGAUGCCAUUUUGGAUGGCACCAUAAAAAACCUGCAGAAGAGUUCCUCAUUCAUCCUCUUUUGGUGGUUUGUUUGGUUUGAGUUGGUUUUUUUUCCCCCCCCUCCCCUCUAGCAAUAAUGCAUGUAUAUUCCAAAACCAACUUUGCAAAUACACCUUGGUUUUUACAUUUGCAGAAGCUAAAAGGUUCAACAUUUCCCCCCACCCCUUGAAAAGGGCUCCAUUCUUUUUUAAAAAUCCUUAUUUCUGCAGUGAAUUUGUCGACUUGAAAAGAAGGGAAAUGUUUGCAAUGGUAUUCUGGCAGGGCUAGUCCCUUGGACAGUGGGGACAGUAACUGGAAAGAGAAAGUAGGGAAGCCCAUCGGUCUACAUCUCCCCUUUGUCCAGGAUAACUUAAAAAUGAAAAGAAUCAGACAGUGCUGACUUCAUUCUGCACCAAUGUUUGUGUUUUAUGGAGCAUUCCUGCUGUCAGCCCGUGUUUGCAGUCUCCUUGAGCUCAUGGGGACCCUGGUUUGGACUGUGGAUGAAGGAAAGGAACAUGCAGUAGUUCUGAGAAACUGGAGGAUCACAUUUCCUGAAACUCUUCAUUUGUUUUUGCUUUAAGCACCUCCUGUUUUAUUUUUCCUCAAGAUGUGGUUUUACUAACCCCACACCUUCUGAUUUUAGCCUUCUUGGGGGGAGCUGUUCAGUUUUUUGGGUGGGUUCAUCUUGCUGCAAAUACCCAACUGGGGCUUGGUGCUGUAGCACUGGAACUUCAUCUUCUCCGGUCCGCCCUUGAUUCCUUCUCAUUCAGCAGUUUGGAUGGAACUCCUGCUCCUGAGCUUCACCCCAUCUCUUAACUCAUCUGUUUUGUGGUGGUUGAGCAAAGGGAAGGCCGGGGGUGGGCAGGUGGGGUCAGGCCGUGCCAGCUCUUGCCGCGAAGCUUGGACGUGGAACCCUCGGACUGUGGUGGAGGGUUCAUGGACACAAACUGCACCACAGGCUUUUUUGGUGGGUGGGCUGUUGCAGAAAGGACUCUGGUGGACAGAGAAGUGAGACGUGGGACUGCGCUGAGGCGACUGCGCCUCUGAAACGGGAGGAGAAUCGAGCUGAGGGGUGGGGGGUGGCUGCACACAUCAAGCCCUCCCUGCCUCACUUGUACAAACAUCAUCUUUCCUAUGUGUUGUAAAUAACUAGAACCGUACUUUCAAUAUAAAUAAAUGUAUAAAUAUUG